AUGUUAGAGAGGCAAAACAUCGCGGCCUGGCUCCCUGCUGUCGGGGCGAAACUAGAGCUCCGCCCGGCGCCCUUUUCUGAACCGGGACAAGAUGAGCUCCUUAUCCAGACUGAAGCUGUAGCCGUUCAACCGGCCGAAUACAAAAUUCAGGAUGGUGUCCUUCCAUUUCCGUUGACAUAUCCCACAAUCAUUGGCUUGUGCUUCGCCGGAAGAGUAGUCAAGACUGGCCCCGGCGUCACGCGUUUCCGGAUAGGAGACUUAGUCGUGACGAACAGUGCAGGAACGCUGCGUAAUGAUGCGCGCUUCGGAGCCCUGCAGCAGUAUGCGCUCACCACACAACAGCUGACGGCAAAGAUCGGCGAAGCAACUUUCGAGAAAUCAGCCGCGCUCGCCUCUAACCUUUACGGCGCGAUCAGUGCACUUCUCCUCCAUCUAAACCUAGACAGGUCUGGCUCCUCUCCAAAUCCACUCAACAGGCCAAAGAAGAUCCUAAUCUGGGGAGCGUCCUCCUCGUUCGGCGCCGCUGCCGUCCAGAUAGCCGCCAGCGCCGGGUACUCAGUCGUGGGCGUGGCGUCCGGAUCGAAUGUCGCACUGGUCAAAUCUCUGGGCGCAUCUGAAUUUGUAGACAGGACCCAGGAUUCUGCCACUGAAGCUCUGAUUGCGCUCGGGCCGUAUCAUUCUGUCCUUGCCGCGGCGGACUCGGCGAGGGAUCAGGGGACGAUUGGCGCUGUCUUGGCUGCGCAAGGCGGUGGCACGUUUUUAUCCACCACGGGUGUGAGAGCUGGUGUGAGUCUGCCGGAUGGGGUCACAGGGUUCUUCGCCCAGUUUUUGGACGAUUACUUGGACCCGGCGAAUGCGGAGUUCACUAGAUGGGUGUGGUGGGAGUAUCUGGAACAGGUGCUGGCGGAGGAUCGGAUGCACGCGCUUCCGACUCGGAUUAUUGGGGGGUUGAGCCAGGCUCAGAAAGCUUGGGAUCUCCUCAGACAGGGAGGUACGAGUGCGGAGAGGUUGAUCAUUCAGCCCAACACUGAGUAG